CUCUCUCUCUCUCUCUCACUCGCUCUCUCUCUCUGUCUCUCGCUCUCUUCACACUUCCAGUACAAUCCAGCUGAGUGGGUGAAAAAGCAAGAAGUUCACGAGAGAGGAGAGAGAGAGAGGGAGGGAGGAAGAGACAAAGAGAGUGAGAGCAGCCACUCGUUCGUCCUUCACUCCAGGCUCUAAGUUUACAGGCAGCCAGGCAGAUUUUCUUGGCUUGGAUGCAGCGCUCAUGACAGGAUUAGGAGCCCGGGAUUCAGGAUCGACCGGAGAUCUGCAGGUCCAGGUGGACGAGCCUAAGCCAGAUUCUCACCCUACACAGCUUAAGGUAGAAAGCAAAGAAAGAGCACUCUGUGAUGACAACAUUUCAACCCUUGAUAUGCAGCCAUCACUGACCUCCUGUAUCCCCUCCUCAUCUGUCUUCUGAAAUUGACCCGAUCACCUUUCCUCUUCUGUCAUGCAUCUCCUUGGUCCCCUCCUCCUCCUCUUGCUACUCCUCGGAUCAGCUGAACCCCGGAGAGGCCCUCGGUCAAAGGCUGUGAAGAGGAGCGCUAGGGGCCAUGUACGGGGCAAAGGCAGGCCUGGGGUCACAAGGCGUCAAACUGAGGAGUGUAAGGAAUACAUGGAGGCAGGAGAAAAGUACCUUGACUGCCAGGACAGGCAGCUUACCACUGUGAAGCAGGACUGGCCCAAAGAUAUCCACCACCUACUGCUGGCAAGAAAUAAGAUUCAGGUUUUGAGGGACAACAUGUUUGCCCAGUUCACCCAGCUGAAGAGCUUGGAUCUCCAGCAGAACCGCAUCUCCAUGGUGGAGGAUGGUGCAUUCAGUGGCCUCACCCAGCUCACCACCCUGCUCCUCCAACACAACGAAAUGACAACAGCCUUUGAGGAGGCCCUGCUACCCCUACCCCGCCUUACUUACCUGCGUCUCUAUGACAAUCCCUGGAGCUGCCUGUGCCCACUGGACAGCCUGAUCAGAAAACUGCAGCUACCUACUAACCGCAACCUGGGCAAUUAUGCCAAAUGUGCAGAGCCUCUUUCACUGAAGGGUCAGAAACUGAAAAAGUUGAAUGUAGACUUGCUGUGUGAAGAAGACAAAAGGCCUGAGACGGGAGAUGGACGACGGCCGAAGCCACCACCAAAAAUAAAGAAACCAGAAGCCACCUCCAUGUGUCACACAUACAUAUUUCCCAGACCGCUGCUGGACUGCAGCAACAAAGAUUUGAAUAGCAUCCCAUCUGACCUGCCAUCGGACAUAGUGAAGAUGGAUCUGUCCAACAACAACAUAAAACAUCUCAAGCCAAAACAAUUCCUGCUGUCCAAAGACCUGAAGCUGCUCAACCUCAGCAGUAACAGUCUGCACCAUAUAGACACAGGUGCAUUUGCAGGCCUGCUGUACCUCCGUGAGCUCGAUCUGUCCAACAACAGUCUCCAUUACUUCCAGUACAGUGUGCUAGAAGACCUCUAUUUUCUACGGAAGCUUUCACUGGACAACAACCCAUGGUUCUGCGACUACAACAUCCACUACCUAAUUUACUGGCUCAAACACCACCCUGGCGUCCAUUACACUGGCCUGAUCUGCUCAGAGCCGCAGGAGUUCAGGGGCUGGCGUGUUGUGGAUUACGUCAAGACCUACAACGGGGAAUGUCCUAAGGACAAACAAACAGAAGGGACAGAUACAGGACAGGGAGCACAAGGAGGGUCUGAAAAUGAGGCGCAGGAGGUGCUGGCAGAUAUGGGUGAAGGACAGGGGGAAAUCCUGCCACAGCCCCUGAAAAAGAAGGUGCCAAACACAUUUGAAAUCAUCAGGCUGAGUUAAAACAAAGGUGAAUCAGAUGACUGGCUAGGUUUAAAAGAAGUUUAUACAAGAAGAUUGAAAUGGAUAUUUGAAGAUGAGGAAAACAAUGGAUUAAUACAAGCAGGAACUGUUUUGUGGUAAAAUCCAUUCUGGAGGCUUUUAGGGAUGAACUUUCCCUAUUUUGUAUGGGUUCCAGAAACACCUAACAUGGUUUUGGAGUUUUUUGGUUGUAAUAUCAUAUUGCUAAACAAAGGACUAGAAAAUGCUUUUUGAGUUUUUUUGUUUAUUGCUUUGCCCUGUUACAGUAAUUUUGAUUUUGACUUCAGGAUUAUACUUUUUUGAAAAAAGUAGUUGUUGGUCUUUUUGCAUUAAUGUAUGAUAAUGUGUACCUGUCUU